AGGCGGGCAGGUAGCCGGGAGAGGGUCCCGGUCAGGCGGGCAGGUAGCCGGGAGCGGGGUCCCAUCAGGAGGGCAGGCAGCCGGGAGAGGGAAGCAGGAAGAUCUGAAACAAGCAAUAUAGAUAAACCCAUUCACCUAGGAGAUGACCCUGACAAAUUGCCUCCGUACCAUCGAGAUGAGACACUCAGGGGUUCUUGGGGUCAUGAAGAUGAUAGAAUGCAGGAGGAGUUUCCUUUAGACAGUCAAGAUGACCCUUCUUUGGAGCAGGAGCGAUUGGAUGACUGGGAAAGAGAACGAUACUGGAGAGAUCACAACUCUGAUUAUCAGGAUGAUUCUGUAGAUACGUAUGACAGAGAUGACAGGUUGCAAUCCCACCAUUCAUUGCCUCCAUUAUCUCCCCUACCGCCGCUACCUCCUUUAUCAUCUGAUCAUGACAGACGAGAUUCAUGGUGGGAUGACUGGAAAAGGCCAAGAGAAAGGGAACUAGAGAGGGAUCUAGAUAGGACUGGAAGAUCUUCAGACAUUUAUGAUCAAAAUUUAGACCGAGAAUGGGAUAGAGACUGGGACAUGAGACCUAUGGAUGACAGAGAAAUGGGGAAUCGUGACCUGGAUAUCCCCCCUCUACCACCAUUACCACCUCUUCCACCUCUGGACAGAUACCGUGAAGAUAGGUGGAGGGAAGAUAGGAACAGAGAUCAUUAUGACAGAGACCUCCGAGACAGGGGGGAGCUGAGGAUUCGAGAGUAUCCAGAGAGAUAUGACACAUGGCGGGAGAAGCAAGACUACCUUCCUGAAAGGACUGACUGGGAGAGGGAACGGUUGUCGGAUAGGUGGUAUCCAGAUGAUGGAGACAGGCUGCGGUCUUUGGAUGAUCAUUCAGAGUCAUCCCUUCCUCCACCUUCACAUUCCUCUGAUAUGCUGGGAACAGAUUCAAACCUGGACUCUGACCAGUCCUUGGGAGGAGUGAUGGUCCUUAGCCAAAGACAGCAUGAGAUAAUUCUGAAGGCUGCCCAGGAGCUCAAAAUGCUUCGAGAGCAAAAAGAACAGCUGCAGAAGUUGAAAGAGUUUAAACCUGACAUUUCCACACAGGACUCUCCUAGAUCACAGAACACAAGCACAAGGCCAGCUAUUAAACCUUCUCCUGCUGUUAUUAUAAAGCCUCCCGUGUUGUUCAGACAGCCCACCCCUGUGGCAAGACCAAGUGCCCCACUGUCAAGGCCUGCUACACCUAUGACAAGGCCACAUGCUCCAGUUUCUACUCCAACUACAACCCCAAGUCAUGGUCAGUCUUUAAAACCAUCACCUUCUGCUGUGGAACAGGAACGCUGGGAUGAGGAUUCUUUCCACGGACUCUGGGACACAAAUGAGGAUAAAGGAGCAAAUACGGAGUACGAGUUGUGUAAGCAGGAGUCAAUGAUGCCUCCACCCGUCUCCUCACCUGUGAAAGUACCUGCUGUUCACACCUCUGUUUCAUCAGCUGUAUCAGGGUCCCUUCCUCCGGUUAUUCCACCAGUUCCUAAAGCACCUGUAAUUCAGCAAACUGUGGAUUAUGGCCACGGGCGAGAUAUAACCACCAGUAAAGUGGAACAGAUUCCAUAUGGGGAGAGGGUAACACUGCGUCCGGAACCUCUACCGGAGAGGCAAACAUUUCAAAAAGAGCACCCUGGUCGUUACAACAGAGAAAGAGAUCGUGAACCUUAUUUUGAGCGUCAAGGUAAUUCCAACACAGAUCAUCGGGAUUUCAAGAGAGAACGAGAGUUGCACAGAGACCGUGGUUCUGUGGACUAUGAGCGAGAGAGAUUUGAAAAAGAGCGGCAUCCCCGAGAUGAUAGGACUCAGUCUUACCGUGACAAGAAAGACCAUCCUUCCUCCAGGCGGGGUGGUUUUGAAAGACCACCAUAUGAACGAAAGACAGAUCGUCCAGCGUACGAUCAUGGCCCUUCCAUGUUUGGAGGUGAUCGUAGAAAUUACCCUGAGGAAAGGAUUCCUAUUUCUGCUCCAUCAAUGCCACGUCAGCCACCACCUGCUCCACGAGUGGAAAGGAAGCCAGAAUCUAAAAAUGUAGAUGAUAUUUUGAAGCCACCAGGACGGGAUAGCAGGCCAGAGAGGAUUGUAAUCAUAAUGAGAGGGUUGCCUGGCAGUGGAAAGACACAUGUAGCAAAACUCAUCAGGGAUAAGGAAGUAGAGUGUGGAGGACCUGCACCAAGAGUGCUCAGCCUGGAUGACUAUUUUAUCACUGAAGUGGAAAAAGAAGAAAGAGACCCAGAUACAGGGAAAAAAGUGAAAAAGAAGGUGAUGGAGUAUGAAUAUGAAGCUGAUAUGGAAGAGACCUAUCGUACCAGCAUGUUUAAAACUUUCAAAAAGACCUUGGAUGAUGGCUUCUUCCCCUUCAUUAUCCUUGAUGCUAUCAAUGAUAGAGUGCGACAUUUUGAACAGUUUUGGAGUGCUGCAAAAACCAAGGGUUUUGAGGUGUACUUAGCUGAAAUGAGUGCAGAUAACCAGACGUGUUCCAAGAGGAAUAUUCAUGGACGCAAGCUAAAGGAAAUCAGCAGGAUGUCUGAUCACUGGGAGGCAGCACCACGUCACAUGAUGCGCCUGGACAUCCGUUCUCUAUUGCAGGAUGCUGCUAUUGAAGAGGUGGAGAUGGAGGAUUUUGAUGCAAAUAUUGAAGACCAGAAAGAAGAAGUCAAGAAGGAUACAGCAGAGGAGGAAGAAAGUGAACUGGGUUACAUUCCGAAAAGCAAAUGGGAGAUGGACACUUCUGAGGCAAAGCUAGACAAGCUGGAUGGUUUGCGGACUGGCACUAAAAGGAAACGUGACUGGGAAGCAAUUGCCAGCAGAAUGGAAGAUUACCUACAGCUUCCAGAUGACUAUGAUACACGUGCUUCUGAACCUGGAAAGAAAAGGGUGCGGUGGGCAGAUCUAGAAGAAAAAAAAGAUGCAGACAGGAAAAGGGCCAUUGGGUUUGUUGUUGGACAAACAGAUUGGGAGAAGAUAACAGAUGAAAGUGGUCAUCUUGCUGAGAGAGCCCUCAACCGCACCAAGUAUAUAUGAAAAUGUGGUUAAAUGGAAUUUUGUGCCUUUAAGGCCAUUUGCUCUGAGAAGUGAACCAAGGUGUCAUGAGCAUCUUGCAUGGGUCAUGUCACUCCCACCUUCACAGUUUUUCUUUGUUACUUUAGUUUCAGCAAUUUUCUUGAGAUAUUGGCAGAUAACCAGUGCCCUCAAAAAACAAAAAAAAUCAACCACCAACGAAUCCCACUGCUCCUAAGUGAGAGAGACAGUUUACUUUUUAAUAUUUUUGGAGGGGAGGGAGGGGGAGGGCCAGUAGUUUUAGCUGCUGUUUGUGGGAUAAAGUGGAAGGAGUAGACAGACGUUACCUCCACUGUACUGUCACAGAAUGUUUAUCACCUUUGCUUUGUGGCCGUUCUCGUUUUAUACUGUAUGUACCUUGUAGCUUAUUGUAUUAGGAAGCAGAACAAUAAAUUUCACUAUAAACUCGG